CAUCUUUAGCUGUUGGUAAAGAGGCAACGUCUCCUUCCCUGCGAGCGUCCCUACGGAGUGGGGGACAUAAGUGUGCAUGAGCAAGCGCAUGCGUCGUCUGUGCGCAUACACGUGCACAUGCAUGUACUAAUGGGCGUAACGUUCGAUUUGUUCUUUGAUGAUGUAACAAGGCAGAGGAUUCUAAACCUGACAUUCUGUUUUUGACAUUCUGCUAAAAACUCAGAAACUUUGGGAAAAACGUUUCUCUGUUCAGCAUCGAUUUCAGGAUUAUUUCAAGUUAUAACAAAUCAUGUCACGAAGAAGCUCUAGACUGGCAUCCCUUGGAUAUUAUGAUAGUAAUGGUAUACCAACCAUAAAUUACAAAGAGACACCUUGGAGAUCACGUAAAAGGCGAAGAGUUCGUCCUCAAGUCCCGGAGGAGAUGAUAUCUCCUGUAGAAGACGAGUUCCCCGUCUGCAACACUUUUGAUGCAGAAGAAGAGUGCAGUAAAAUAAAACUGCUACUUUCUGUGUUAUAUGUAUUUUUAAUAAUCUUCAGUGUUGGACUUGCAUUUCUGAUUAGUGCAAUGAGCAUAUAUCGCCCCGAACAGUAUACUGAACAACCAUGUUUUCAAAUCAUGCACAAGGAGAAUUUUAAGUUAAAGUGGAAAGAACCAAAAGCAGAAUUUCUGCCAAAUGUUGCUCUGGCAUCACUAGGAGCAAACGUUGUAUCUGGCAGGACCUCAGCAUCAUACAAUUGGAAGAGGCCAUUUUUCUGCAAACUUUUUCGAACAUGCAAAUUAGUUUCUCCAGGAGUUGUCAUACAGGGAUCAUCAGAACUGCUUCCUGGAAACUGCUGGUCCUUUGCUGGUCAGCAAGGACACAUUACUAUUAACCUGUCUCACAAAGUUCCCAUCAGCCAUGUGACACUCGGUCACAUAUUGAAGUCGGUGUCUCCAUCUGGCACGACACCAAGUGCACCUAAAGAGUUUUCUGUCUAUGGAAAGAAAACAGUAGAAGAUGAGGGAACUCUUCUUGGAACCUUUACAUAUGAUAAUGAUGGAGACCAGUUCCAAACUUUUAAAACAGAGGACCAUAGCGAGGACAUGUUUAGUUUAGUAAAGUUAAAGGUGAACAGCAACUGGGGCAAGCCGGAGUACACCUGUCUGUACAAUGUCAGAGUACACGGGAUGAUAAGUAGCCCAUACAGUAACCAGAAAAUGUUAGAGUAGAAUAAAACACACAAAAAAAUAUCAAUUUAACAAAACAAAACAAAACCUAAAAGAUCAACGAGCAACGAGUUGAAAUAGACAAAGGACAACAAACAAACAGGCUAAGUGAGUUAGCUGAAACAAAGCAGGUGCAUUAAUGACAGGAAGAAGGAAUCAAAACAGAAAACACAAGGAAAAACCUACAAAAUAAGACAAGAAAAACAGAAAACAGAACAAUCAAUCAAUCAAAACCAGAGACCCUGGCAGGUAGGAUCCAAAUGCAGGACUGAGAUGAGAGACCAGCACAAGGAGGAUAAUCUCUCAGACAUGGAAGAGGAUUCAAGCCCAGAAUGUAAAAAACAUAACAGAACUCUAAGAAAAACAAAGCAAAACACAGAGAUCAUAAAAACAAACAAAACAAACAAACAGAAAAACAGAGUGGCUAAAACAG